UGCUGAUCAGAGGGAAAUGCAAGUGCCGGGCACUGAUGAUCAGUGCCGUGAUGAUCGGUGCCCAGCAGUGCCACCCGCAAGUUCCACCCACCUGUGCCCAGCAAUGCGCCCACUAGCUCCGCCCACCUGUGCCCAGCAGAUCACCCACCUUUGCCCAGCAGUGCACCCACCUGUGCCACUCUGCAGUGUCACACACCUGUGCCCAGAAGUGCCACCUACCUGUGCCCAGCAGUGCCACCCACCUGUGCUCACCCACCUGUGCCCACCAGUGCUACCCACCUGUGCCCACACACCAGUGCUGCCCACCAGUGCCACCCACCAGUGCAGCCCAGCAGUGCUGCCAGUCAGUGCCACCAGUCAGUGCCCAGGGGUUGUGCCAGUCAGUGACGCCAGUCAGUGCCCAGCAGUGAUGCCAGUCAGUGCCGUCUAUCAGUACCCAUCAUCAGUGUCACCUAUCAGUGCCGCCUAUCAGUGC